AUGAAUAAAGAAAUUGCAAAUCCCUAUGAUUUAGAGGAGGAUGAUGAUGAUGAUCAUCAUGAUGAAGGUAAUAAUGAUAAUGAGAAAGGUGGUUCAAAGAGUCAUUCAUCAGUUAGUAAUUAUAAUACCAAAGGGAAAGAAAUAGUUGGAGAAAAGUCAAACAUUAAAUCUUUUUUUGCUCCAAGAGCAACUCCUAGUUCUCAACCAUCCAUAAGAUCUUCUUUGGCCUUAAAGCAAAUGGUUAAGAAGGCAAGAAUGAAUUUUGCAAGAUGGUGGUACCAUGCUAAUAUACCUUUCCAUGCCGCUCGCUCUAUGUAUUAUCAAGAAGCUUUAGAUAGUGUAGUAGCUAUUGGGCCUGGUUUUAAGGGACCUUCUUAUCAUGACUUGAGGGGGCCUUUAUUACAAAAACAUGUGGGUGAGAUGAAUUAUUAUCUCUUAGAUGUGAAAAAUGAUUGGAAAGUUUAUGGGUGUUCAAUAAUGUCAGAUGGGUGGACAAAUCAAACGAGAGCUCCAAUCAUUAAUUUUUUAGUGUAUUGUCCAAGAGGUACCAUGUUUCUUAAAUCCCUUGAUGUGUCAGGCUUAACAGAGGAUGUAGAUACAUUGUUUAAGUUGUUUGAUAAAGUUGUUCAAGAAGUUGGGGCUGAGCACAUUGUGCAGAUCAUUACAGAUAAUGAUCCUUCUUACAAGUUUGCAGGAAAGAAGCUAAUGCAGAAAUAUGGGUCAUUCUAUUGGUCUCCUUGUGCAGCCCAUUACAUUGAUUUAAUGUUGGAAAAUUUUUCAGAUAGUAGAUAUUUUCCUAUCAUUGAUGAAACCAUUCAAAAGGCUAAAAAGAUUACCUAA